UCGUCUCUCUUGCACCUCAAGGCUGAGAACAUGACGGCUGACGUGGAGGCUCCUCUGCCUGCCGGACAGGAGGCCUUUGCCAUCAAGUGCCGAGAUGUGUGCCGCUCGUAUGGCAAACUGAAGGUCCUCAGCAACCUCAACCUGACCUUACCACAGGGAUACAUUUAUGGUCUUUUGGGCCCCAGUGGAUGUGGGAAAACCACACUGCUGAAAUGCAUUGUGGGAACGCUGAAAAUCUCUCGUGGUCACAUCUCUGUGUUGGGCAAACCACCUGCGUUUCCUGGUCAUGACGUGCCGGGGAAGAAAGUCGGGUACAUGCCGCAGGAUCUGGCGUUGUACAACGAGUUCACCAUCAGCGACACUCUGUCCUUUUUUGGCCGAAUCCACGGCUUGACCUCGAAGGAAACCCAGGCACGUAUGGACUUCCUCAUCGACUUCCUCGAUCUACCUCAAAAGACCAGGCUGGUCCGAAACCUGAGCGGCGGUCAGAAGCGCAGGGUGUCUCUCGGCGCUGCUCUGCUGCAGAAUCCAGAGCUGCUCAUCUUGGACGAGCCCACGGUCGGUGUAGACCCUGUGCUCAGGGCUAAAAUCUGGCAGCAUCUGGUGGAGAUUGUGAAGACGGGUAAAGUGUCUGUCAUCAUUACCACGCACUACAUAGAGGAGGCCCGGCAAGCCAAUGUGGUCGGCCUCAUGCGGAACGGCCACUUGCUGGCUGAAGGACCUCCAGAUGAAGUCAUGAAGAUGCACAGUGCUACAACCCUGGAGCACGCCUUCCUUCAGCUGUGUGAGAACUUGGAUCAGGUCAGCUCGAAACGAGACUCCAGUUCACAGGAAGCGUUAGAGAAAAGCCAGUCAUUCGAGAGCGGGCGCGACGAGAGUCGACCCAUUCUCGCGAUUGGACCGGGAGCCGCGGAGGAAGUUCCGAAAUAUUCAGCUGACUGGAAGGUGAGAGCCAAACACGUGAUGCCAAAGUGGAGGAACAUCGCUGCCCUGAUGAUCAAAACGCUGGUGCGGAUGAAGAGGAUGCCGGGCUCACUGUGUUUCCAGUUCCUGCUGCCCGUCAUCCAGGUCUCUCUGAUCUGUUUGUGUGUCGGAGGAGAUCCAAAGGGGAUCCAGGUCGCAGUCGUGAACAACGAGACCUCUUCCUCAUCUUACAGCCAAAGCCUGCUCUCCUUCCUGGACAACUCCAGUGUGGAACAGGUGCCCUUGUCUCAUUCCGAGGCCUUUGAUGGGAUCUAUAACGGAGAGUACUGGGGCAUCAUUGGCUUUGGCAAGAACUUUACCAGCUACCUGACAAAAAGGAUGCUCCAGCGGCAGGUUUCCAAAGAAGUGGUGGAUGGAGGAUCAGUGCACGUCUGGCUGGACCACACUAAUCGACAAAUUUCCAUAAUGCUGCAAAAGAAGCUUCAUGAUGCUUUUCAGGCCUUUGUGGAGAAUAAGUUGGGCAGUAUGUCAUACCUGGCCUCCCUGCCAAUAAAGUUUGAGGAGCCCAUCUAUGGCAGCCAGAACACAGACUUCACUCGGUUUGUGACUCCUGGAGCUGUUCUCAGUAUCACCUUCUACCUGGCUGUGGGUCUGACCGCUCUCUCCUUUGUCUUGGAGAGAAAGGAGGGGCUUUUGGACAGAUGCUGGGUUGCAGGCGUGAGCUCUUUGGAGACGAUGCUGGCUCACCUCUUCUCACAGUUGUUCGUCAUCAGCGUCCAGAUCAUCAUGCUGCUCCUCUUCAUCCUGCUCGUCUUCAAGAUGCCUAAUGAAGGCUCAUUGGUGCUGGUGAUAAUUCUGAUCGUGCUGCAAGGCAUCACCGGCAUUUCGUUCGGCCUCGUCAUCUCUGCUGCAAUUGAUGACGAGCAGAGCGCCAACCAGACCGCGCUGGGCAUCUUCUACCCGAACCUCAUCAUGAGCGGUAUCAUCUGGCCUGUGGAGUGUAUCCCGUAUCCUCUCCGCUACAUCAGCCUGGCUCUUCCUCAGACUUAUGCCUCUGAGGCCCUUCGCUGUAUAAUGUACAGAGGUUGGGGUCUGUCUCGGAUGAUGGUGUGGCGAGGCUUCGCUGUCACCCUCGGAUGGAACACUUUCUUCCUCAUCCUGGCCACCGUCAUCUUAAAGCUGAGGACAUGAUAGCUUCACACCAAGGAACAUCCUUUAUGUGCGUGGACAGAGGCGUCAGCUGACGCUCAGGAGACACGGACCGGACACACACACACACACACACACACACACACACACACACACACACACACACACACACACACACACACACACACACACACACACACACACACACACACACACACACACACACACACACACACACACACACACUCACUCACUCACUCACACUCACCCGGGCCUCCUGUCUGUGGAUGCACCGAGGCAGCAGAGAGCAGGAGGAGGGGAUCCAGAUUAUCUGUCUCGCACGCAAACACACACAUGGUCCUCAGUCAGUUGCCUGAUCCUGCAACAGUUGCUUUGGCCUGUUCAAGUGUGGGUGAAAUUUCAAAUCAAGCUAUACAGUAUAAGUUAAAGUAAAAGUACACACUAUGCACAUGCCCAACGUCAGAGGCACAUGCCUCAACCGCAAAUGUUUCACAAGGACCGUGUCUAAUCUUAUAGUUUAUUGUGCUUCUGCAGCUUGUUGAAACUUUUCACCUCCAGAAUGGUCCUUGCACCAACUCAGGGUCCUGUUUUUGUGUCUGUUUGCCAUAAAUCUUACACGUUAUAUAACAUGAGGUGAGGCCUAAAGCAGUCAAUGGUCAAGAAACACAGAGGAAAUGUUUAAUAUAUUAUAGGUAUUAUAGUUGGGUUUUUUAAUUGCUUAUCAGACAGUUAAAUUACAUAGAGAAAAGUAUGUUAAUGUCAUGUGUAAAGGCCAGAAAAGUCGUAGCACAAGAAAAUAUGAAGUCUUAUUUUUGUGGUUGCUCCACAAGCAGAAGAGUAGAUUGCUGUUGUUGCAAUAUUAUUAUAUUGAGGGAACCCAGAAUUGGCUAUAAAAAGCUAGUAUCUUUGCAUCGUCCAGGAAAUUCUCAGCCGUUCAUGGCUUCCCACAACAACGAUAUCUCCUCUAGUGUCUCGCUUGUUGUAUCUGUGCUCAGUUUUGUGUUCUUAUCUGCAGGAAGUGGUAACCAUCUCGUCUCAGUGUUACCAGGUGCUAAAAAAAAACAAAAAAAAAAACUGUGGACAUCGUUGUUGCUAGCUCAAGUUGAUUGCUUUUGUCUUUAGCUUGUUUUGUGCCUACAUUUGCUGUGGGAGUGAAGAGGAGGGGGUGGAUGUUGGUGGAGGGAAAGUAUUAGUAUUGCAAAAAUAUUCAGUAUAUGUAUAUUAUUUUUGGAUUAUCCUCUACUUUGCGGGACAGAGUGGAGGCAGCUGAAUUGAUUUUUACCCCCCCCUCACAAUGUGCCAUGUUUUUUUUUAAAUGUCGUCAUCCAUGCAAAUGUAUUUGUUUAUAUUGUUUUGUUUGGUUUUACACACAAGUGUUUGACGUUGCUCAUUUAUUUUUCUGAAUGUUGAAUGAAUCUUCUACCAACUGUAUAUACAAAGCACACAGACGAAGCUGUGAUUGGAUACAUGUCAUCAUGGAGAUGUGCCUUUGUGAUGUUGUGCUGUCUUCAGUGCGGGGAAAGGGAAGACAAAUCCAUACUAAACAGAGAAAUGAGAAAUAAAUAUUAAAUCUAGGCUACCGUGUAGUAAGGGAUUGUAGUUUAGAGCUUGUGAGAAGAAAGAAUUGACAGUUAUUGAUCUUCCUUUUUGUCAGACCAAUAAUUACCAAUGAAAAAUUAGGCAUUUA